GGGGACGCGCGGUGGCGAGUUCCUGUCUGCAUCUUUCUCCUCGUGUCCCAGCGGUAGUCUUAGCACCCCGAUCUCCCUGUCCCCUCCUUUUCAGCUGCCAGCAGACACUCUUGCUGGUCCCCAGUAUACCUUAAUUGAAUAAAAAUGAUGGAAGAGAGUGGAAUAGAGACAACGCCCCCUGGGACUCCUCCACCAAAUCCUGCCGGGCUGGCCACUGCUACAGUGUCCUCCACCCCAGGUCCUUUAGCUGCAGCCAGUUCCUUUUCUUCUCCAGAUGUGUCCUCUCUGCAGUCCUUGCCGCCGCACGCCUACUCUACCCCCCAGCCGUCCCUCCCCCCUGUGAGGCCCUCUGCACCGAUGCCUUUUGUGCCUCCCUCCCCAGUUCCUUCUGUUCCACCACUUGUUACUUCUGUACCACCUUCUGUGCCUCCUCCAACUGCUGCUGCCUUCAGUAAUCCUCCCCUACCCCACUUCCCACCUUCAACUUCUGCCCCAAGCACUCUUUUAUCUGCGCCCUCUGCGGGUCCUCCUACUUCAGGUUUUUCUGUUGGUUCAACUUAUGACAUUACGAGGGGACAUGCAGGAAGAGCCCCCCAGACGCCCCUGAUGCCAUCAUUUUCUGCACCUCCAGUAACAGGUAUUUUGCCAGCUCCCAUUACUCAGCAAGCCAGUUUGACAUCUCUGGCACCAGAACCUGGAAGCACAUCAGCCAUUACUUUUCCAGAGGAACAAGAAGAUCCUAGAAUUGGUAGAAGUCAGGAUGAAGCAUCUGCUGGUGGACUGUGGGGUUUUAUUAAGGGUGUGGCCGGGAAUCCAAUGGUGAAGUCGGUGCUUGAUAAAACCAAACAUUCGGUAGAAAGCAUGAUUACGACGCUGGACCCUGGCAUGGCUCCAUAUAUCAAAUCUGGAGGUGAACUGGAUAUUGUAGUGACCUCAAAUAAAGAAGUGAAAGUCGCUGCCGUCCGAGAUGCCUUUCAGGAGGUCUUUGGCUUAGCUGUUGUUGUGGGGGAAGCUGGGCAGUCCAAUAUCGCCCCACAACCGGUGGGCUAUGCGGCUGGAUUAAAAGGUGCUCAGGAACGGAUAGAUAGCUUGCGUCGAAAUGGAGUGAUCCAUGAAAAGCAGACUGCUGUGUCCGUAGAAAACUUCAUUGCAGAAUUGCUACCCGACAAGUGGUUUGACAUUGGUUGUUUGAUAGUUGAAGAUCCCAUCCAUGGCAUUCACCUAGAAACGUUUACACAGGCCACACCAGUGCCUCUGGAAUGUGUGCAGCAGGCUCAAAGUCUAACACCCCAGGACUACAGUCUGAGGUGGUCAGGCCUUUUGGUGACAGUGGGCGAAGUCCUGGAAAAGAGUUUACUAAAUGUCAGCCGGACUGAUUGGCACGUGACUUUCACUGGCAUGUCUCGUCGACAGAUGAUCUACAGUGCAGCCAAAGCAAUAGCGGGCAUGUAUAAACAGCGCCUGCCCCCCAGGACCGUGUGAGAAAAGACUGCCCCGGGGUGCUGAGACUUCCCCACUUGGAGCUUGGUAGUAAAGAAGAGAUCAUACCUUCUAAAAUUGGAUAGCUUCAAUGAAUCCAGCAGUUUUGAUAAUUUUCUUUUAGGCUGCAGUUUUUUUUUUUUCUUAGGCAUGGUGUCAUUCCAGUAGAUUAAACACAUCCUUUUUAUGAUCAUAUAAUUUCAUAUACCAUAGUUCUCAAAAGAGAACUUAUAUAAAUAUUUUUAUAGGACAGUUUGAUAUAUCAGAUUUAUAAGGUGCAAAAUUUAUGUGCUAAGACAUUUAACUUAAUGAUAUGUGCUUGAUUUUUUUAAGACAUAGUUAAUUAAAGAAUAUGUUUACUAAA